AUGUCUUCACUGCACCCAAAGACACCGUCUCGUCAAAGAGCUCGUUCUGAGGCGAAAACUCCUCUGACACCCUCUAUUCUUUCGGGGAUCAACUCGCUGUCCUUAGCGCCUUCGAAUUCAUCGCCAACGAAGCGUCCGAAAGCACCUCUGAAAUCCAAAUCUUCCACUGGUGCUUUCGAUACUACAAAUCCAUUUAUUGCUUCUGCGAGACCACGAUCUCGACCGGCUUCACCGUCUAAACGCCAGGCGAGCGGGGGAAUCAACGUAGCGGACUCGUUGCAGAGACAAGCAGGAGGAGGUGUCAUUCGCAAAGGCGGUAUUGAAAGCCGAUUAGAUGUGGUUACAAGGGACUAUAUACCGCCUCCACAACCAAAGAGCGAAAUCAGACGGUCCAGGUCAACACCCGCAACGAAUCGAGUUGGCCUUGACCAGAGGGAUCGGUUUAUAACUAGUCGCGAUGUCGACAAAGAGAUCACAGCGCCUCUCGACAUGCUUUCGGUCAACCCGCCAUCUGCCUCCCCUGGACACACCGCCCGGCUUGCUGAAGCAACGGGUGUCCCCGUCAACCGCCGUAUUCUCGGCUACCAUGAGCAACCUCCCCUUCCAUCCAGAGAUACCUCUCUCGCUCAGCAGCGUGAAUUCGCUCGCCCGCUCCACGCUCGCCCCGGUGCCAUCUCGAGCUCAACGGGUGCUACUACCAAUAAAUCACGGAAGAUUUCAACAACACCCGAGAGGGUCCUGGAUGCACCUGGGAUGGUCGACGACUUUUAUCUCAAUUUGCUUAGUUGGUCCUGCCUGAAUACGGUGGCUGUGGCACUGGAGACCAGCACAUAUGUUUGGAGAGCAGACACAGGCGAAGUAACACAGCUGGGAGAAGCACCAGAAGGAGCAUACAUCUCCGCCGUUGACUUCUCGAAUGACGGGGCCUACUUGGGUGUUGGAAUUGGAACGGGCGAUGUGGAACUAUGGGACGUCGAGACUGGACAGAAAUUACGAUCUAUGGCAGGUCACCAGGGCCAGAUCGCCGUCUUAUCGUGGUAUCAGCACAUCUUGAGCUCAGGGUGUGGCGACGGAAGUAUCUGGCAUCACGAUGUCCGCAUGCCUAGACACAAGGUGAUGGAACUGAUGGGACACACAGGAGAGGUCUGCGGUUUGAAAUGGAGGUCCGAUGGCGAGCUCCUGGCGAGCGGUGGUAAUGACAAUGUGGUUAACAUCUGGGAUGCACGCCUGGGUGACGUGGGCGAAGGCGCCAGGGGGACGGCCAAAUGGACGAAAAGGAACCAUACCGCGGCAGUCAAGGCGAUUGCGUGGUGCCCCUGGCAACCUUCUCUGCUCGCUUCUGGAGGAGGAACCAACGAUGCGACAAUUAACGUUUGGAACAGCACCACCGGCGCUCGCCUACACACCGUUCAAACACCUUCACAGGUAACCUCCAUCCUGUGGGCGCCGGGUAAGAAGGAGCUGUUGAGCACCCAUGGUUAUCCGACCAAUUCAAUCAUGGUUCACGCCUACCCAAGCAUGGAUCGUGUGGCUGAGAUUCGAGACGCCCAUGACUCACGGGUGCUUUUCAGUGCUAUUGGGCCCGCGGGUGAUGUAGUUUGCACGGGUGCAGGCGACGAGAAUCUGAAAUUCUGGAGAAUAUGGGAUAACUCUGACCUAAAGAAGAAAAAAGAGGGCAAGGAUAUUGGCGACAGAAGGACGAACUCAACGACGUCGGGUAUUCUCACACUGCGCUGA